AUGGACUACAGCACAUAAGCCUGCCUACUCCGUACAGGUGGUCAUCCUGCCGACCCGAUGCACCCGAGCAAAUACCGACUGAUCGAAAACAAAUGGCUUUAUUGCUCCCACCCCAGGACUCGGAUCCACCAGGAGUUAGCCGCAUCCACUCCAUGACCGGCGGGGACCUAUCCACACGCGCACGACUUCCUCGAGGGGGUCUUAUAAUAGCCCAUCUCGAACCAUCCAUAUCACCACGAGGUGUACCGGCUACAGGGAUGUGGCUCCACCCGUCGCCGGGGAGUCUCAAAUCACAGGGCCCCUUUCGAGCACGUUGUCCGCCGUUCCCCCGCCCUGGGCCUGGGCAUGAGGUUCCUAUGGCGCCCACUCCAGCAUAUCCUUAUCACUUGCCUAACUGAGCACUCGCCUUAUAACCUCGCCCUCGAUCAGCCCGCCGCUCGCUUCGCACGAUUUGGCGACUUGUGCAGUGGGAAGUUACCUAGGGAAUGAUGCAAUUGUCCUGGACCCUUC